CUGUAUCAUGGUAGCUGAACGCGCAGGCGUAUGUGCUAACUCUCAAAUAUAAUGCAGAUUGUUGAAAUUUCUACAGUACACCGUCACAAUGUUCGUGGUGGACGUCUCCAAAUCCAUGGGGGCCACGAGAACUGUCGCACUUCCUCCAGGCCCAAAUGGCGAAGAACGCUUCGCGGAGAUGACACAUCUGCAGUAUGCUCUACAAUAUGUGAAAUUCAAGAUCCAGGACAUGAUUUAUGGUGCCCGGAAAACUGAUCAAUGUGGAGUGGUUAUAUUUGGAACUGAAGAAACCGACAACCAGAUUAAUGCUCAGCACGGCGGAUAUGAGAACGUCACAGAAUACAUUCCUAUUUGUACACCCUCAGCUGCCACUCUCCGCGAAUUGGAUGAGCUCGAGCCCUCUGAAGUCUUCGGCGAUCCAGUCGACGCUAUGAUCGUUGCCGUCGAAGCCCAGAACAAGCAUCUGGGUAAAAAGAAGACAUGGACUCGUAAAGUCAUACUCGUCACCGAUGGAGAGGGUCCCAUUGAGCUGGAAGAUUGGGAAGCGACUGCCAACAAACUAAACGAAUUAAGUAUCGCAUUAACCGUUGUAGGAGUGGAUUUCGACGACCGAGAAUUCGACUAUGUUCAAAGGGAUAAACCUGAUUUCAAGCGUGUCAAUGAGGAGUUUUUCCGCAACCAAUUCUGUCCGAAGGUGAACGAUUCCGUUAUCGGAAACCUGGACCGGGUUCUCGAGCAAAUCUCGCUACCUGACGUGAAGACAUCCCGCUCUACUCUCAUGAAUAAUGUAUUGCGUAUUGGCGACGUUGAUACACGCACAGAAGAGGCAAUGGAAAUCCUCGUUAAAACCUGCAAAUGCACUUCGAUCAAUCGUCCGAAAGCAUUCAAAAAGUUUGCUAUCCGUCCUAAAACAGCACAAGAAGAGGAAGCGGAACAACAGACCAUGAAUGCUGACGAUGGCGACGAGAACAAGGUCGUCACUGUGACUUAUGCACAACUGAAGGCUCGUACAGAAUAUUAUGUCGACAAGGAGGACGGCAAGGAGGACGAAGAGGACCAAGUCAAGAUAGAAGAAGACGGAGAGCCGCGCCCAGAGGAUUUAGAGAAGGUCGAAAAGGAAGAGCUCAUUCGGGGUUUUAAAUAUGGGACCUCGUAUGUGCCUUGUCCGGAGGGUCAAUUUCCAAAACUUCCGACGAAGAAAGGUAUCGAUCUUAUUGGGUUCAUACCGGAGAAAAAGUUCCGCCGUGAAUACGCGAUGGGCGAAGUCCAAUACAUCUGGGGUAACCCAGACAAUCCGACCGCUCAAUGCGCAUUAUCCUCUGUUGUCCAAGCUAUGUACGAGAAAGGUGUGCUGGCCGUUGGAAGAUGGGUUACCGGUGACGGUAGAGACCCAAAAAUGGGGGUGAUGAGCCCAGCUUUAUUCGAACAAGUGCACUGUCUACUGUGGGUUCCAAUGCCUUUCGCCGACGAUGUCAGAAAAUACACAUUCCCGUCUCUCGACGAAUUGAGAAACAAGAAAGGGGAGAUUGUCAGUGAACACGCGUAUCUUCCAACCGAAAAGCAACUUGAGGCGAUGGACGACUUCGUGGAUGCCAUGGACCUUAUGCAGGCUGGGGAUAAAGACGAACAAGGCAACCGCACGGAGUGGCUGGAUAUCCGCGAUUCUUACAAUCCCUCCUUCCAUCGGUUGAAACAGGCCAUGUUCCACUGUGCUGUUGUGUCUGACCUGGACACAAACCCUCUUCCACCUCCACAUCCUGAAUUAUUGAAGUAUUUCAAUCCACCCAAGAAAUUCGUGAAGAAAGCUCAGAGCACCAUUGAUAAUUGUAUCAAAGUAUUUAAUAUCAAACAUGUGCCAAAGGUGAUCAAGGUUGCACGGAAAGAUGGUCACAACCAUGCAAACGAUGAUGACGAUGAAAUGCUUCUACUCGACCGUAAACCUUCAACUUCGAAACCUUCACAAUCACUUUCACAAGCCAAAAUUUCGCCAAAACCGGCUGAGGAUGGCAGCGAGACUGAAGAUGACGAUGAGGACGGAAUGUUGAUUGACAAAGCCGAACCAACACCCCGCCCGAACCCCCUUCCCACUCCUGCCCGUUCUCUGAAUAACGAUGAUGACAUGGAUAUCGACCCUCAACGGGAUCCCGACCGGGUAAUUGGGCGUACCAAUCCUCUUGCUGAUUUCAGAGAAAAUCUAGAACGAGGAGAUAUAGUCACCAAAGUCGUCGAAGAUAUGUCUGCAGUCAUCCAGGAAGUGAUUCUCGCUCCAUUCGCGAGUCGUAGAUCUAAGGAAAUGAUAGAGUGUUUGAUAGAACUUCGAGAAGUUUGCCUUCAAGAAGAUGAGGUCGAUGCGUGGAACUCAUUCCUUCCCAGUUUGAGGAGAAUGUGUAUCGACUCGUCUCCGGGGAACAAAGUGUUUUGGUCAGAAGUGCGAAAUUUCGGUCGAGCACUCAGUUUAAUUAGUGACAAAGAGGCGGAGAAGAAUGGAGGGUCGUCACAGUUCUCAGAAACGCAGGCUACUGAGUUUCUGAAGUAAAGUGUAAUUGCAGCCAAGGGCCGAUCAGGAUCUAUUGAAAGAAAUACUUGAAUGCUAGAGCUACGAUUAAUAUCUGAACCAAUGAAU